AUAGUCUGAUUGAAUGUAACCAUUUACAUAGAUUAAGAUAAGAGCAAAUAUAAAUGCGUAACUACUUGAAUAGAUAUAUAAACAGACCAGAGUAGACAAUUAAUUGAUGUUGACGACCACCGAGUUUUCAUUAGUCAGUGAAGCCUGUUUUUUUUUUUUUUUUUUUUUUUUUUUUUAAUAUACAUAAUCAUCACUUUUAUACAGGGGAGUGCGGACGUGUAAAUAAGGAAUAAUUCCAAUGUUAUUUAUUACAAUUGUUUUCAUUGGACAAAAAUAAAGCUGAACAAGAGUUUAUAUAUCAAUAAACCCCAAAACGCGAUGUAUUCAUACACGCCUGAAAACAAAUAACAUAGUGCCGGGAAACUAUUCAAAUUUUUGCAAUUGUUUAUAAAGUGAAUGAAUUGGAAUUUUACUUUUAUUCAGUUUGUGAGUAAAAUGUCCGGAGUUUACACAUCGAUAAAUUCUUUAAAAAGAAUGUUUAAUCCUAUAAUAUACUGAUGUAUUUCUGAUGUAAUAAUUAUCUUUAGACAACUAAUUGUAAAAAGGGUGAAAAAAAAUAAUUGAAGCUUUCGAAUGAAGAAGUGUUAACAAUUAAUUAGGCCUACAGCUCACUGUCAGUGCUAUUUACAUGUCUCACACAUUUAAUUAAUUAAUACACACCGUCAUGCCGGUGAACGUGGUCUUUUUAUUAUCAUUUAUAUAAUUAUUAUUUAAGAAGUGUGAGCUGAUAUUAUACAAUCAUAUUUAGAAUAUCAUAUGACUGAACUAAAUGCACUGUCAACAUUAGGCUACAUGUACAGUGUAUAUAUAUAAUGUAACACAGUACAUGUAAGAUUCUCUCUCUCUCUCUCUCUCUCUCUCUCUCUCUCUCUCUCUCUCUCUCUCUCUGAUUAUUUUUAACGAUUCGUAGUAUUUACAUUAAACGAUUCGUCCUUCUUUUUCGUUCUGGUAUAUUCGAGAUCUAGGUGACUCCUUCUUAGUCAUCCAUAUGCUAUUUUAAGAAAAUCCGUCAUUAAGGAACUCUUCUGUGACGUCACAAUUGAAUGCCUCCUUAUGGUAAACACGAAAGCCAAUGAUUGUCACGAUCACGAUCAUGUGACUUAUAAUAAUGGAAUAGUGUCAUAGGGGAUAAUUGUUACACGUACAGACUAGAAAUCAGGAAGAAAACAAAGGAACGAGAGAUCUUCAGGUUUGUGAAAUUUGGAUGUUGAUGAGUCGAUAAUAGAAGUACAUUUUUCAGGAUCAUUCUUGAGGAAAAGAAAGGGAGAUACCAUGAAAUUCACAGAUAUUGUGUAGUGUUUCUCAGCAAGGUCGCCAUUUUGCUGACAAGAAUACCAAACAAACUACGAUCUGGGGUGGGUCAUAUUUUACGUAAGGAAGGUCUAUAGCCUCAUACAAAGAUCUGAAGGGACGUAUAUUUAACACGAAAUGUUGUGUAUAUAGAAAGAAUUUGCCAGAAUAAUUCACAAGUUAAGAAAUCGACCAUUGCCUUUUGUUUUGCAGAUUUCAAUUUUGCAUUAUCAUGGUCAACAUUGUUGAUGGCGAACUAAGUCACAGUGUUACUGAACUUUGCACAAUGGUGGUAUCCCUCCCUGACAUACUGCUAUCUAUAAGCAAGUCUCUAAACUUCAGUACUAUAUCUUGUUCAUACUCUUUCACAUCAAAUGUUAUUGUGAAUGUUGUUAUUUUUAGUCUUAAAACGAGGCCAUGUAAAGAUUGUCAUUUAAUAGAAUGUGCUGUAGUUCUUGGGAAAGAUCUAUAUUGGUUUAAUGGAUAUACUUGAAUACGUCUUUAUAUAAGAAACUCCUAAUGCUUGUUAUUGGACUCUCAAGUCUGCCAUAUUCGAACAGCUGAAGAAAAUUCAUCAUUGUUUAUGACACUGAUACUUCAGGACGAAUCAUCAUGAAUUAAUACAGGAUAUUGGAACUAUGAAAUAUUGGAACUCUUUAGUUAAAGAAGUCACAUAGAAUUAUGCGUCACAUGAGCAACUCCUGGAUACAAAUUAGUGAUGGUUAAAAACAAUUCCUAAAUUCUGUUACAAAAAUAUCUGCCUGAUUUGAAGAUUUUUCAGAAUUUCGCAAAUGAAUACCCUAGUGCCAAAAACAUGAGUUAUUGGAUAAAUCUUUGAUGUUUGGUAGUGGAAGACAACACAAAAAAGUCACAAUACCAUUUAUUUCCUCUACUGUAUGUGGAUAUUUACCAUGUUUACUCAAAACCAAAAAGAAUCAUGGAUAUGGAACAGAAUGGAAAUCAAAAUCCAGUCCCGCUUUGUCGAGCUGGUUGUGGUUUCUAUGGCAACACGGCAUUUGAAGGAAUGUGCUCCAAAUGCUAUAAAGAUGCAAUGAAGCGUAAAGAAAACGCCCCCACCCUCAGCGGUCGCCUCAGCCCAGCCACUGCCUCGGUCUCGUCAGCAGGGGAGACGGAUUCAGUCGGAAAUGUCACCUCCACGUUAGCUCAUACUUCCCUAGGCACGUCCGAGUCUGGUAGUUCUAACUCCCUGAAGGACCUGGCUAGCAGCACCACCCCCAGCGUGGAGACUGCCACCCCCACUGUUUCUAUACCCGGGGCUACCUCCAACAAACAAGAGGCAGACAUAGCUGACACUGCCUCAGGUGGAGUUUCAACUGAGGUUGCCUCAUCACCUGAUGAUAAGAAAACAAAGAAGAAUCGCUGCACCACCUGUAAAAAGAAACUUGGACUGACUGGUUUUCCAUGUCGAUGCGGUGGUUUGUUUUGUAGUAUGCAUAGGUAUUCGGACAAACACGAGUGUGACUUUAACUACAAGGAACUUGCACAGGAACAGAUUCGGAAACAUAAUCCAGUCAUUGUCGCCGAGAAAAUUCAGAAAAUUUAAUCCCGUGAUUUUUUAGAAGUUAUUAUUUUAAAGUCUCUUGUGGGGCUCUGAAGAGGAAUUUUUUUUCUUUUCUUUCAAAUGUGUGGAUGUUUACAUUUUUCAGAACAUCACAGAAAAUUAUAUUAGAUUCAUGAUUUUAUUUUAUUUUUUCUUCUUAGUAUUGUUAAAAGGAUUGAUAUCUAAGCUUCUGUGGAAAGAAAAUUUUGUUGUUAGUUUAUUUUCUUAUUUGUGGAACUUGGAAAGUAUUUAUUGGUAAUUUCUUUGAAUAUUGUUUCUGCACUAAUGGGUUUCAGUAUUUUAUAACACCUUGUUUAAGAAAAGUGGUGUGGAUUGGAUUCUUGUCAGUUGUUAACUAUGGUUAUUACAUGCAAACAUUGAUAAUUACACAGUGAGGAAGGCAUUUAUGUUUUAUUUGUGUAGUUCACUAACUGUGUUUUCUGUAAAGCCAAGGGGAAAAUUAAACAUCAGGUUUUUGAUGUUUUGAGCUAAGUAAAAUGGUUGAAGAGAGCAUUUAAACAUUUUAAUUAGUAAUCAAUAUGUGUACUUUUUAAUGUAUCUAGCAACAACCCUUGAGCUUAAUGAUAUUGCUUACAAUGUUAUAUACAGAUCUGGCUAUUAUUGUAUAGAUGUGUGAUUUUGAAUUAAGCCUAGUUUAUUAUUUCAAAAAAUCUGCCACUUACACAUUUAUUGACAUGAUUGUUGAAAUGAAAGCAUUAAAGCUUGCUCGAGAUGUAUACAUCUCAGUGGUAUUUUCCAUUACUAGCAGUGGUGAAUCAUGGUACACAUUAAUUAGUGACAAGAACACACACACACAUAUACAUGGUACACAUUAAUUAGUUACAAGAAUACACACAUGGCUAGUUGUUUUAUACAGCAGAGCUUGCUUGUUAUUUGUAUUAUACACCAUAUGCAUGUACAGAGCUUGUCGAGUUCACAAUUGAUGAAAUUCUUCUUAUUUGUCUAAUCAGCGACCACAAAGAUUACACUAAAUUCAUCCAUUCCCUAAAAUUUUGAAUCCUCCAUCAGAUAUUAUUCACCUAAUUCUAAAUCCACUGCUGGAUAAUCUAAAUCUAAAAUCUUAAAUUCCCAUUUAAAAAAAUUAUUGAAAAAUGUAUUUUGUACUUUUUAAUUCUUCCUUCAAACACACAAUCUAACAAGUCAAACAUAAAUGGUACCAUCCUUGCUAGAGCUAAUUACUCGUCUAGAACGUCUGUACACAACUUGACCUCAGUCUUCUCACAACUUGACCUCAGUCUUCUUUAACACCACCACCCCACCCCCCUUCCCAAGAACUUUUGAUCAAUUUCAAAGCCAUAUAUGAAAUGCAGGACAUGAAAAAUUGGCACAGAUUUACUGAUUUCAUCCAGAGAAUACUAUCUUUUAUUUACUCCUUUUGUUUAAGUACCUUUUCAUAGUUUUGGCUUGCCUCUAGAUUGUAAGAUUUCCAUCCUAAGCCUUUCCCAUUGUAAUCAUCAGAACAGUUAAUGCUUGCAGGGAUUCUGUUGUGAUUUUAUGCAAUUUUCCUUGUCUGAUUGUUUUCAUCUCCCAUUGGUAGCAUUCUCCUGUAGGGUUAAUUAGGGUUUUAAUUGGCUGUGUUUCAUAAACGAAUGAUUCUGAAUAAUUUUAGUUGGCUAUCUGCGGAAAGAGUACUUGUGUUUGGCUGUGUCUGAUUAAAGAAUAAUUGUGUUUGGCUGUGUCUGAUAAAAGAAUAAUUUUGAUUGGGUGUGUUUGAUAAAAGAGCAAUUCUAAUUGGUUGUAUCUGAUAAAAGAAUGAUUCUGAUUGGGUAUGUCUGAUAUGAGAAUGGUUAUAAUUUGUUGUGUUUUGGAUGGCAUUCAUAUAUAUUGUGUGGUAUACCUGAGAAGAAUGAAUGUGCUGCUAGAUAUAUAUGAAUAAAGAUAUAUUCACAUGUAUUGUUAUAAAAAAGGAUUUUUUUUCUUUAUGAUAAACCACUUAACAUAAUAGUAAUUUUUUGGUGUCAUUAUAAAUCCAUAUAUACAUUUUUCUUUUGUGUGUGUGUGUGUGUGUGUAAAAUUUGAAUUGAAAUUAAGAUUUGAAAUUAACACACAGGUAUAUGUAAUACAGACUGGAGUUGAAAUGUUGUUUAAAUGUUAGACUUCAAAUUAUAGCAUUUUAAUUGUGCAGUAAAGAAUGAUACAAAUAUUUUAAUUUGCAGUUUUGUUACAAUUUUCACGUCCAACUAUCUUGAAGCGUUUUAACCCCAAUCAAUUACAUCCUUGCAUCUUUUUGCCAUUAUACAACAAAGUCUACCACAAAAUGUUAUAUGCACUGCAUACACAUCUCACACGUGCGCUUUGUUUUUCAAUCCAUUUAACCCUCGUCAAAUUUUUGUUUCAUUUCAUGAGAUUUCAUGGAACUAUUUUAUCAUGAGCUGUGAAAUAUUUGAAUAAACUUGUUAUAGAUGCAUAUUUUAAA